AGUCAUUCUCUUCAAAGACUUUAACAUUCAAACUUGUGAGCAAAUAGACUUGCAUCAAAUCAAGCUCCAUUCCCAUCUCUCUCUCUCUCUCUCUCUCUCUCUCUCUCAUGUCCAUGUUUACUCAAGCAUGGCUAAUCAUGGCAACAAUCUGUGCAAUACAGAUAUGUUUAAGAGUAGAGUCACUCUCUGAAGCUGAUAAAAUCCUGGUUUUGCCAGGUCAGCCACAGGUGAGUUUCCAGCAAUAUGGAGGGUACAUCACGGUUGAUGAAAAGCAGGACAGAGCUCUUUUCUACUACUUUGCUGAAGCAGAAACUGAUCCAUCUUCAAAGCCUCUUGUUCUCUGGUUAAAUGGAGGGCCUGGUUGUUCAUCUGUUGGAGCUGGAGCUUUCUGUGAGCAUGGACCUUUUAAACCAUCUGGACAGGUUUUGGUAAAAAAUGAUUGUAGUUGGAAUAAAGAAGCAAACAUGCUAUACUUGGAGUCACCAGCAGGAGUUGGUUUCUCUUAUUCAGCUAAUAAAUCCUUCUAUACAUCAGUGAACGACGAAAUCACAGCCCAAGACAAUCUUGUUUUCCUGCAGAAUUGGUUCAACAAAUUCCCGGAAUACAAGAAAAGAGACUUCUAUAUUACAGGGGAGAGUUAUGCUGGACACUAUGUUCCACAACUUGCACAACUCAUUACUCAAUCCAAAAUGAAGUUCAAUCUCAAGGGAAUUGCUAUAGGGAAUCCACUUCUGGAGUUUAACACUGAUUUCAAUUCAAGGGCUGAAUUCUAUUGGUCUCAUGGACUGAUAUCAGAUGCUACCUAUGAACUAUUCACUAGUGUUUGCAACUAUUCUCAGAUUAGAAGGCAGUUCCAAGCUGGCACUUUGACCCCUAUUUGUUCUGGAGUAAACAAUAGAGUUUCAAGAGAGCUCAGUAGAUUUAUCAACCCAUAUGAUGUCACUCUCGAUGUCUGCUUAUCAGCCAUUGGUUCACAAGCAAAGGUUCUUGAUCAACUGCAAGAUACACGGAAGAUCGAUGUCUGCAUAGAAGAUGAAACAAUUACUUACUUGAACCGGGCAGAUGUACAGAAGGCUUUCCAUGCGCGGCUUGUUGGAGUCACUACAUGGGGUGUCUGCAGCGAUGUUCUCUAUUAUGAGAUGCAAAAUCUAGAGAUACCAACAAUUCGUGUACUGGGUUCACUUGUCAAGUUUGGCAUUCGUGUCUUGGUUUACAGUGGAGAUCAAGAUUCAGUUGUCCCACUACUCGGAUCACGGACACUGGUGAAUGGAUUGGCAAAGAAGUUGGGAUUGAACACAACUGUUCCAUAUAGAGUUUGGUUUCAAGGGAAACAAGUUGCCGGAUGGACACAAGUAUAUGGUGAUAUACUAUCUUUUGCCACCAUUAGAGGAGCUUCGCAUGAAGCUCCAUUUUCACAACCAGAGAGAUCGCUGGUUUUAUUUAAUGCAUUUUUGGGUGGAAAACCACUACCAGAGAGUGUUCACAACUAAGCAAUUCAGUCCAAGCAAGUUCUGAGAUUGUAUUGAAUAAGAAGAUAUAAAAAGGAAGUAUAAUCCUUAAUUGUGGUGUUUUAGUAAUGCAUCAAUCUCUCCCAAUCCAAGCAGAUCAGUGACUAGAUACUAUUUUGAUCAA